GCCCCUGAGGCGGAGUUCCACCCUAGCUUCGACGAGGAUGGCCGAGGCCGUAUGGAAUGUCUUCCACAAACGCGAGUACAGCUUCUCGACGAUAUCUGCGACUGGCUUGAUGACUUCGAAUCGUCUCAAAAGCACCUUUACUGGCUCCAGGGCAAAGCUGGGACAGGAAAGUCCACAAUUGCGCGCACUGUUGUCAGCAGGAUGACUCAAAGGAAACGGAUUGUUGCCAACUUUUUCUUCAAAAGAGGUGAAGGAGACAGGGCCAGAUUGAAGCGCUUCUUCACGACACUGUCAGCUCAACUCGUCAGGAAGCUACCCGGUUUCGCUACAAUAGUACAAGAUGCUUUAGAAUCAGAGCCUUCAUUGCCAGAACAGGAUCCAGGAGUUCAAUUCAAGAAGCUCGUCCAAGAACCCUUGCAGAAGCAAAAGUUCGGCUCUCAUAAAGCUAUCGUGGUUGUCGUCGACGCCCUCGAUGAAUGCGACUCAAAAGGGGAUCUGGAAACUCUCGUUGAGCAGCUCUCGCAAUCCAUGGUUCGUACACAGGGGGAUAAAACCUCUCCGGGACAACUUCUUGUCAAAUAUUUUGUCACCAGUCGCCUGGACCAUCGCACACAAUCUGGUUUCAACAGACUUCCCGAGGAAGCAUACGAGAAGACUGAGCUUGAGAGAGCCACAUCUGACACCAUUAAGCAAGAUAUUGAGUGCUAUUUGAGGAUUCACCUACAAAAUAUCGACGGCCUCUUGGAGCGGCUGCCAAAUUCUAGCCCGUGGUCAAAUCCUGCAAAUGUCGAAAUCCUCAGGAAACUCACAGAUCGAGCUUCUCCGUUAUUCGAAUUUGCCGCUGCUGCUUGUCGAUUUAUUGGACAGACAGAGAUCCCGGGACAACCAAGGGAUCUACUUCAGGAUAUACUGGAGUCCAGUAAUUACGGAGACCUUGACGGAGUAUAUCUCCCGAUUAUGAAUCGAAGAUUCUUCGGCCUCAAUAAUAAGAAUCGCAUUACAGCAAAGAAACAGUUUCAGAAGGUUAUUGGAUCAGUCCUUUGCCUCGCGGAUUCCAUCACAAUUCCUUGUCUUGCAAAACUUUUGGACCAGCCUGAGGCAGCAGUCCGCAAAGAGCUGUCGCACUUUCGGUCGGUCUUGGUAGUCCCAGAGGAGCAGGACAGCUCGACGCCGAUCAGUUUGUUCCACGAAUCAUUCAGAGACUUUACUCUUGGACCCGACGCAAAUGAAGAAUUCAAACCUGACUCUGCCAAAGUGCAUACUUUUCUCACUACUCAAUGCAUUAAGCUUCUACGUGGAGCUUUGAGGGAGAAUAUAUGCAAAUUGAAGAGCCCUGGAACGUACCGAAGCGAAGUUGCAGAGGAAACUAUCCAGAUGUCACUGUCACAGGAGAUACAAUAUGCUUGCAGAUUUUGGAUCUACCACUUGAUGAAGUGCGGACUGCACCCAAUUGGCGGCGAUGACUGGCAUACGUUCCUCUCCUCUCACCUUCUCCACUGGGUGGAAGCAUUGAGUUGGCUAGAAAGGACCUCAGAGAUAGUGUCAAUGUCGACCGAUGGUGCAGAAAUGAGAGCCUUCUUAGACGAUGCCGAUCGCUUCAUCCUCUACUUCAGUCAAAUCAUUGAUACUGCGCCAUUGCAGCUCUACAGCUCGGCAUUGACCUUUUCUCCGACCAACAGUGUUAUCCGGAAAACGUUCGACACCUGUCGUCAUAAGUGGAUUAUUCGAACACCAAUCGUUGACCCAACGUGGAGCUCAUGUUUACAAACUCUUGAAGGUCAUGAUGGUGAGCCUAUUUGUGUCGCCUUCUCCGCUCAAGGUAUCCUCGCAUCCGGUAAUUCGGCAGGAACUGUCAAUAUAUGGGACCCUAAAUCAGGUGUCUGCCUGCAAACACUGUGCGAAGAUGAUAUAGGCCCCAUGGUCCUCUCAAUAGCCUUCUCUAAAUGCGGCAAACUUGCCUGCCGGACAAUCCGAUCAACUUCAUUGUGGGACAUGAGUCAGCAAAAUUGUUUCCAAAAGCUGGACUGUACGCUUUCACUUGAUGAAGAUGUUUCAAGCUUUAGGGGUGCAUAUAGCUCCACAGUAGCUUUUCAAGAUGAGCAAACACUGUUAUUCACAGUCGGAGGCUUAGUCAAGGUUUUUGAAUCGGACCUGACCUAUGAUCUUCCGGAAUACUUCAGGUAUAAUGGUCGGAGACAGCUGGUCCUAUCCUCCAAUGGAGAACGGGCUGCUUGUGUAGGCCAGGGAGGAAUCAGCGUCUUCGACAUGAGGUGCAAGGAUAGGCCUCCAUCCGGUGUGAAGAUGGAUCUUAGCAAGAACUUCGACACAAGAAACCCUCGCUGGGCGUGUUUCUCACGAGAUAAUAAGUAUUUGGCAGCGAGUUACUAUGGCUACAGUAUCAGGAUCUGGGACGUUGCAUCAGCGGCGUGCUUACAGACUCUCGAUGGCGGAACCCGCAUAGAAUCGGCGACAUUUUCACCGGAUGGUCGAUGGAUAGCCACGGGAGGCCUCCAAGGAAAUAUCCUCAUCUGGGAGUGGAAAGGAGGCACCCGCCUAAGUGCCCUCACAGGGCAUAUAUCGUCUGUUUCCUCGUUGGCAUUCACGCAAGACGGAGCUUGGCUUGCCUCGGCAUCCCGUGACGGGACGGUCAAAAUCUGGGACCUUUCAAUAGAAGCUGACAAAGAGGAAAUGCCAAGGCAUCGUCCGUUAAUGCGCAGCAUUGCAAUAGCAAUGGAUGGCCGGAGAUUUGUUACUUCCGACGCGUUUGCAUCUGAGUAUAAAUUGUGGGACGACUAUGGGAAGAAAUGCGUCACGGUGCCAUUCCCAACAGACAACAGAUCAAUCAUUUGUGCGGAAGGCAACAUCUCUGGGGCCUUCAAUCACGCACACCUUGAAUUGCAGGACGUGGAAACAGGAAGGAGCCUCCCUACGCCCCUUCACGAUUACAAACACAUCAACUCGAUAGCCCUCUCAGCGAAUGGCGAGAGACUUGUGAUAGCUUCAGAGGAUGGGAGAAUCGGGUUAUGGGAGUCUCGUACGGGCAAGUUGCUGAAAGAGAUGCGGCGCCGAGAAGAUCUAUCCAGGUGGUUCCCAGUGGUCAUCUCUGCUGAUGGUGAUCAGCAUCAUAUAAGUCAUGAUGGCGAAUGGAUCAUGAGGCAUAGUGAGAAGUUGCUGUGGCUACCGCCGGAUUAUCGACCAGUAGGAGCUGCUGCUUCAGGGUCAAAUAUUGCAAUUCUACGUGGCUGCGGCAACCCAUACCUUAUUGGGCUAUCAGAUGAUGGACUUUUGACGGAAUGA